GCAGCCAAUGGGAUCCCAGGACCGUGGGGGCGAGCCUUAUUCCCGCAGCCGCACCGAGCGUGGGCGGGGUCCUUAGCUGGUUCAGUAUCUCGCGCUCGCCGGCGGGCAAAGCGGGCGGCUGCGCAAGCGACCAGUUGCUGUAAUCCCGUCUCCACUCUCUGGACAACAGUGAAGGGUGAAAGGGUGCUCCCCAAUGGCCUUAUAGGAAAAGCUCCCUAAAUCCAAGAUGGUUCUGAACUGGGCAGAUUUCCUCUGGCCCCAGGAUGGGAGAGAUUUGGAACCCACACUUCGAAGACGCAUUGAGACUGAGGGCUUCCAUCUGCCUCACUGAGACUCCAGCCCGACAGAGAACAUGGAGCCUGGAACGCCAACAGCCAACCUCUGGAGGACAAGCAGACUCCGUCCGGACCUGUAGGGCACUGCCCCAGCCUCGCCACCAUGGCACGUGGUUUCACAGUGGGCUUUGACCCAUUGGGUCUAGGAGAGCUCAGCUCUGGUUCUCUGAGCUCCCUCUCCUCCCGAGGCCACCUGGGCAGCGACCCAGGCUCCACAGCAAUGCGAUACUUGCUGAGGAAGCAGCAGCAGCGCCUGCUGAAUGGGCCCCCCCGCGGAAUCCGAGCCUCAUCUCCCAUGGGCCGAGUCAUCCUCAUCAACUCCCCCAUUGAAGCCAACAGUGAUGAAAGUGACAUCAUCCAUGCAGUUCGGGUGGAGAAGAGCCCCUCUGGGAGGCUAGGCUUCAGCGUGAGAGGCGGCUCUGAGCAUGGCCUGGGCAUCUUCGUCAGCAAGGUGGAGGAGGGGAGCAGUGCAGAGCGGGCUGGCCUGUGUGUGGGGGACAAGAUCACCGAGGUGAACGGGCUGAGUCUAGAAAGUACCACGAUGGGCAGUGCCGUGAGGCUGCUGACCAGCAGCAGCUGCCUGCACAUGAUGGUGCGGCGCAUGGGCCGUGUGCCUGGCAUCAAGUUCUCCAAGGAGAAGACCACAUGGGUGGAUGUAGUGAACCGGCGGCUCGUGGUGGAGAAGUGCAGUUCCACGCCAUCGGACAGCAGCUCAGAAGACGGUGUGCGGCGCAUCGUCCACCUCUACACAACCUCGGACGACUUCUGCCUAGGCUUCAACAUCCGCGGCGGCAAGGAGUUUGGCCUGGGCAUCUAUGUGUCUAAAGUGGACCAUGGUGGGCUGGCUGAGGAGAAUGGCAUCAAAGUGGGGGACCAGGUCCUGGCGGCCAACGGUGUCAGGUUCGAUGACAUCAGCCACAGCCAGGCCGUGGAGGUGCUGAAGGGCCAAACGCACAUAAUGUUGACCAUCAAGGAGACGGGCCGGUACCCUGCCUACAAAGAGAUGGUUUCUGAGUACUGCUGGCUGGACAGAUUGAGCAGUGGGGUGCUGCAGCAGCUGUCUCCGGCCUCGGAGAGUGGUUCCAGCGUCUCCUCCUGUGCCUCCAGUGCCCUGUGCAGCUCAGGCUCACUGCCCUCUGACCGCAUGGACGUCUGCCUAGGGCCUGAGGAGCCCGGUGGCCAUGGCCCAGGCUGGGGGCGGGCAGACACGGCCAUGCAGACGGAGCCUGAUAUGGGCAGCCGUGUGGAAACUUGGUGCAGUGUACGGCCAACCGUCAUCCUCAGGGACACGGCCAUCCGCUCUGAUGGUCCCUCUUCUGUCCGACGCCUUGAUUCUGCACUCUCAGAGUCGCCCAAGACGGCUCUGCUGCUGGCCCUCAGCCGACCCAGGCCUCCCAUCACCCGAUCCCAGAGCCACCUGACACUGUGGGAGGAGAAGAAGCAGCGGAAGAAGGAGAAGUCAGGGUCCCCUGGGGAGAAGGGGGCCUUGCAGCGCUCCAAGACGCUGAUGAACCUCUUCUUCAAGGGAGGGCGGCAGGGGCGGCCAGCAGGGGACGCGCAUAGAGAGGCCUGGACACUGGACAGCAGGAGCCCCACCAAAGUCCGCCCUCGCCUGGACCUGGAGAAAGUUCCCAGGUUGUUUUCUCACGGUUCUCAGCCCACCUCUCUGGCCCCUCCCCUCUCUGUUUCCAAGGCUCCUCCUUCCCUCUGUCUCUGAAAGCAGGGAGCGUGGGGCCUGUGCAGAAGUUUGUCACCUGGAGACUGAGACGUGGUAAAUCCAGUAUCCCAAGGUCCCCACGGUAAAGCAACAGAUGGGGGAAUGUGGGAACAGGCUGGGGCCAGCUUAUCGGCUUUAGAGCUGAGUCUGUGGAAUCAGGCAGAGAACUUGGUUAGCUUACUAGAAAAGAUAGGGGCAGAGAUGGGACCCCCGAAGGGAUUUGGGGGCGAGGGAGCCUGUCUGUGUUUCAGUGGGGGGAAGAUUAACAUGACGAUGAAGGAGGAGCUGGAGUUUGCUCUCUAUCGAUGGUAGUUUGUUAGGAA